UUGAAGUCUCUGCAAGGUGAGGAAAGUGUAAAGUAAUUACGUCUCUAUGUGAUCAUGUCUUCUCCUAGCCCAGCUGUGAAGCGUCCCUCUAUCUCCCUGUUAAGAUCCCAGACUUAAGGCUUCAGACUGUGGGGACUUAUACUGGAUCCUCCAACGGUUUUGCCCCUAAAGCUUUUUCAACUCUCCUCUCAUCUCAAGGUAGACAGUUGGAUUCUAGGACCAUGUAGAAGAACUUGAGACGAAGAGCGGAGCAAGGAGGUGUAAUUCUCUGGUGUUGUUGGGAAAUUUUGGAUGGAAUACAUCUCUCAGUUUUGAUUGUACCCUGCUGCUUUAACUGUCAUACUUCAAACAAGGAGUGAUCUACCUGGAAAUGAUCUUAGGUAUUGCAUUGAUUCCAUGUGGGUUCUAAUUCUACAGGACAUUGAAUGUCCCAUUUCUAGCUCAACAGAAAACCGGCAGUGAAGAUCCUAGGAAAGUCAUUGCCUAUGUGAGAAAAUGAUUUUUUUUUCUGUGUGUGUGAAACAAUGACAAAUUGAGUAAGUUUAAGUGCUGAUGACUUUCAAACCAGUCGACCUCCAUUGAAUGGCGAUUUAACCCCUGAUUAAAGACAGGAUGUUUUUCCGUUGGAAGAAGUACAGCUUUGUUUCCACGGAGAGCUUUUUCAAAAGCCGCACAUUGGACUCAAGAAAAGACAGUUAUUCCGACUUGAGUGAAAAUCGACACUAUGAACCCGAGCACGGAUCUCUGAGGAUUCGUAAACAUUCAUCCUAUGACAAAGCGGUGACCGAGCGACGGGGGAGUGUUCCCCUCGUCCCAUCCUCCCUUAGCAACACAGAGGUCACCAUGGAUACUGGCACCACCUCAACCAAUAGGAUUGCAAAUUUCUUCUCAAAGAAAACAUUCCGAACCAACCUGAAAAGGACAAAGAGCGUUACGAAGCUUGAUCGCAAGAGGUCCAUACCUGCCAGCUCUGAAAAUGACCCUGGCGCCAAGAUUAUGAGUUCUUUGAAACGCAGCAUGAGCUUAGGGCGUCUAACUCGAAAACGAAAUAGACACAAAGCAACUGAUAAAAAUGGAGAGCAUACUUUCCCAUGUCAGUGUGUUGUUCAAACCCCGGAGGCACUCCACACCUGGUCCAUCAUAAGCUCCAGAAUCCGCACAUCGCGGUCACACGAGUCGCUGUUGUCAAGUCCUUCCAGCAUGCAUUCGAUCGACUUGACGGCUCCGGACAUCGAGAUCAAACCCUUGCACAGUAGCAUUCUGGGACAGGACCAUUGCUUCCAGGUGUCCACAAGUAACGGUAGCAAGUACAUCUCCUGUAGGACGGCCGAGGAGAGGGAGAAAUGGAUAGAAAGUUUGAGGAAGACUGUUCACCCAAACCAAGAACAAAGCCGAAGAACGGACAAUUCACUCAAGCUAUGGGUUAUAGAGGCCAAAAAUGUACCGUCCAAGAAAAGAUAUUUCUGCGAGAUUUGUCUGGACAGAACGCUGUAUGCAAGAACAUCUAGUAAAACCAAGUCAGAAAUGUGCUUCUGGGGAGAGCAGUUUGAAUUCAACAAUUUGCCAGCUGUAGAGACAAUAACAGUGAAUCUGUACAGAGAGGCAGAUAGAAAAAAGAAGAAAGAUAGGAAUCAGUUACUAGGGUAUAUAAACCUCCCUGUAAAUGAAAUCACCAACAGGCAAUAUGUAGAGAAAUGGUUUGUGACCAGCUCAGGGACGGUGGGGAAGGCUGGGAAGGAAAGCAAGACAGAGCUCCCUCUGAUACGGGUCAAAGCAAAGUACCAGUCUGUGCAAAUUCUACCCAUGGAUCUCUACAAAGAUCUGAUUAAUUAUUUAACAUCAGAGUACUGUUUGCUAUGUGAAGUGUUGGAGCCCAUCUUGAGUGUGCGUGAUAAAGAAGACAUUGCCAAGUCUCUGGUACAUAUUAUGCAGAAAAUGGGCAGGGCAAAGGAUUUUCUGGCAGAUGUUGUGAUGGGUGAAAUUGCAAGAUUAGAUAAUGAACAUUUAACUUUCCGAGGAAAUAGUAUAGCGACAAAAGCUAUGGAAGCAUUUAUGAAGUUAGUCGGAGAAAAGUAUUUACAAGACACGUUGGGAGAGUUUGUGAAGAAUGUGAUCGACACGCCGGACGACUGUGAGGUGGACCCGGGGAAAGUCCAGAACAACACGAUACUACAGAGACACCAGACUAAUCUCAUCAUGUACUGUGAGAUGGCCUGGGUUAAGAUCAUCAACUCUUACUGCUACUUCCCCAGUGAACUGAAGGACGUGUUCAGCUCAUUCCGUGAGCGAUGUCAGGAGAGAAAGAAGGAAGAUAUCAGUGAUAAUCUCAUAAGUGCCUCCAUCUUCCUCCGCUUCCUCUGCCCAGCCAUCCUCUCUCCCAGUCUCUUCAGCUUAACACAAGAGUAUCCUCAAGAAAAAGCUGCCAGGAAUUUAACGCUGAUAGCAAAAACCAUCCAGACUCUGGCAAACUUCACAAAAUUUGGUGGUAAAGAAGAAUUCAUGGUGUUCAUGAAUGAGUUUGUGGAGAGAGAGUGGGGAAGCAUGAAGAAUUUCCUAGGACAGAUCUCAAGUUCAGACUCCAACCAUCAGCUGUUAGAGUUCGAUGGUUACAUUGACUUGGGUAAAGAGCUCUCCAUUCUCCACUCACUGCUUAAGGAAUGUCUUAGUAAGACAUCAGAGACUGUGGUACAGAAACUGGGCAAACUAAACGAAAUUGUGGAGAAGCUGACGGAAGCCUUGAACGACCCGAAUGCGGGCAAAAAGUCUAACAGACAAAGCCAGAUUUACGAUAACUUGAACAUUAUGAAUCUUCAAAACAACAACAACAAUGGAGAGAAGACUACCUCUCCUACAGAAGUGUUACGGGACAUGUUACGUGGUUGUGGUGAAGAUGUGGACUUGUUAAAUGUUUCAGUGGGCUCGGAGUCCUUGGAUACUCUGGGUCGUCCUCGGUACAAAGGUUCGACACCAAUCGUGUACACGGAUGGUUAUGAAUAUGUGCUUCAUCAGAGGACUGACGGAAGUUCUGUCGCGGACGUGUCGUCUGUGGCGAACACGCUGACCAAUCAGCAGACGGUCGAUAAGUCGUGGACAGAGAUCGUCAGCGCAGCUGAGGAAGUAAAUGGUGAUUACAAUGACUUGAUAUCCUUCAUGGAAGAUGGCACGGAAGACCAGAAUUCCUCAAUGGAGCUGGAGCGCGACAUGCGAGGCAGCCAGAUGAGCAUUAGUCAACUCUCUACAAUCGCGUCAUCAGGGUACCAGUCGUUUGGCUACAGCCAGUCCAGUUCACCGGUCGAAAACCAUGCGCAUGGCGAUGCCGGUAGGGACACGUCAAAGUCUCCGUCAGUCGCCAUGCAGCCACUGUCGUUCUCUAAUCCAGUGUACAGACACCAGUUGUUGAACUCUCAUCGGCGAGUCACGAACAUGUCCACCUCAUCGACAUCGUCACCGCCGCCAAUUCAGCGUGCAUCAAGCUCAAGCUCUCUCAACAGCGACGACGAAUCAAACAGCAUCAAGCAGCGGAGUCCUGCCAAGUCGCAAGACUGGACGACUAAACGGACAGACCCUUUGAAAAAGUUUGCCGGAAUCUCGAGUUCGAGUAGCAGUGAAUCAUUAACCCAAGAUGACAAAGCUUAUGUGCGAUCCUACUCAACACCCCGCCCUACGGACCCUCGUCGAAAACCUCUCAGCAUGUAUAGUUCUAAUACAUUUCAGGCUCACUCGAGCCCCAAACAGGGCCACAGGGGGACCAGACCGCCCUUCCCUGAAACGCCCAUACAGGCAAAGGACCUUUCUCAGAGCGCAGACUUUGUAUAUAUGCAACGCAGACAUGCAACAGACCAGCUGCGUCGCGCAGCAACAGACACUGUGAUUUCACAAAACCUGAACUCUCCGUCUGCAAUUUUGCACCGGCGGUCUGAGGGCAGUAGUCGCUCUCUUGGGUGCUCACAUUCGCCCCCGGAGAGCCCCAGCUGUGCAGGGGUGAAGCGUUUGUCCCAGGGUGGGGUGCUGAUGGGGGUCAGCUCGGUGCAGAGACGGUUACAUGAGCAGGAGAAAACCAAACAGGAGUACGAGUUUGAGGUGGUAGUGCUAAGGCAGCAGUUGGCAGAGGCUCAAAGAAGGCUUCAGCAGGCAGAAGCCAGGCUCGCCGAUCACGAGUACGGGGCCGAGGACAUUCUCCAUGAAUGGAGACACAAACUGGAGGAGAGUGAGGAGAGGAUGAGGCGUCAGCAGGCCGAGAAAGAUGACCACAUGAAAAACAUCAUCCACAGACUGAUCGGUGUGGAAGAGGAUCUGAGACAGGAGCAGACGGCCAUGCAGAGGAUGGUCACUCACAAACAGAAGGUCAUCGAGGAUCAGGAGAGGAAGAUACAGACAUUGGACACAGCCAAUUCCAGGCUUCUGGUCACCCUGAACCAACUUAAGGACCAUUGUAGUCCACUGUUACCCCACAACGGACUUGUGGCCUCCAACAACGGCCAGAAAAUCACCCUGAUCAAAGGGGCAGAUACCUCAUGCAAAAGUAGUGCUUGUUGAACUGUGUGACCUUGAAAAAGGGUUUUUCAAGGUCGUCGUUCCCCAAAGAAGGAUAUACCAUAUCCAAGACUUUGUUAACGUGCCAUUUGUGUUUCUUCUUUGAUCGGAUGUAUUUAAAAAACCGUAUGUGUAUCUUGGUGUUACAUAGUAUGAAGACAUUACAUGAUUGUAGGACAGCUGUCGCCAAGCCAACAAAGCAGAGACAGCCACGUUGUUACAUUGUGAUAGGCAAGGGGAGUGACUUGUGCUUGGAAAGUUCCCUUUGUGAUCUGCUCACAGCUGCCCUUUGAAAUUAUCUCCCCUUGAUAGUGUCUUCAUUUUUUCGGAUGCCACACUUAAAAAUGUAACAUCAGAUUUUCGGGUCAGAAGUUAAGAGAGAAGAUCUGCUCUUUUUAAAAAGUCACUUUUUUUUUUUAAAGAAUCCGUAUUUUUGGGCGCUUUGGAUGUAUGAAAGAGGUAAUGUUGGGAACAUUUUGAUUGGCUGAUGUUAUUAACGAAAAUAGGUAUAAUGUUAGUGGUUGGCAAAACAAAAACUGCUAAUACCUGAACUAAAGAUUUGAUACAUCUUUUAUUCAUGAAGGGCAGAAGUGGAGCCCCGUUGUAAGGAAAGCAGAUAUGAAGUGCUUGUGGAUAACAUGUUUUACUGUCGAUGACCUUAUGACGACAGUUUCUGUAUGUGCAUAUAUCAGAAAUUUUUGGCAAAGCUUGCAGUUCAAGCUGCUGUUGUACUAAUGGACAUGUGCAAUUUGUUUUUCCAUUCAGGAAUGAAAUUUAAUUUAUAAUCUGACAUCAGAACAGCACUUCAUCAUUCAUGGUAGUUUUAACAUCAUCUAUAACGAACUGCUUAGCUAGGACCAAAUGAUACAUUUUACAGCCGAUUUUAAGCUCUGUACAUAUAUCUACAUCAAUUCUGACGUAUGAAUCAAGGGAAUUAACUGCCCGAAGAACCACAUGACAAUGCCCUAGCCGACAGAGUUAUUCCCCUUGAGUCUGGGAUUGACAAUAUUGUUCUUCACUGCCACUGUCACAUUGUGUUUUGUCAACUUUGAACCUAUGAACAAGACGUGUAUUAUUGCAAUAUAACAUGUAUGUAGACAAAGGACCAUUUGUGUUUUUUCUUUUUUUUAGCCAUGAUGUCUCAAAAGUUAUUUCCCUUUGCGCAACGCCCUGUAUCAAGUCAUACCUUGAUUUGGCUCUAGUCAAAACAUGCAAAAUAUCUAUGAAAAAACUCAUUUGUAACCAAAACUUGCCAAUUCCGGAUUGUUUUACUUCGUAACAGGAUGACACCAUAACAAGCCCUGCUCUUGUAACUUGAAGUCUGCAUUUAAUACGGUGCUGAGUGAAACUGUGUACAACUGUUUUGAUUAUAUGUGUAUAUAUAUAUACACAUCUAUAUAUAAAUAUACAACCUUCAUGUAUCUAAUGUAAGUAGUGUGCUGAUGUAUUUAUUGUUAAGGUCGAUUUGAAUGAAAGGUAUAAUGUGUGAGUGAACAGCUGGUAUGUAUCUCUGUCAUCAUUGCUCAGUCUGUUUAGCAAUGCAUGUAUUCCUGACAAUGUUGUAUCCAUGCACAUGUACCAUAUAUAGCUGAUGGGCUUUGACCAAGGGAGGUAACUCAUGGCGAAACAAACCACAAGUGUACAGUUGUCCUAAUUUAUUUCUAUACAUUGUUUAUUUAAGGAUGUUGUUGUAUAGCUGGGCUGUACUGUUUAUGUACAUGUGUAUACACCAUCAGAUGUCAUAGAGACCAGUACUUAUAUACAAGGAAAAAGGGUUUGUCCAGUGAAUUUUGUUUUUUUUUUUUUAAUUCUGUGUGUUUACAAGGGUUAUCUUAGUUGCUCAUGACAGAGUGGCAAAGGGGAUAACUAAGCAAU